AUGACGGGCCGAACACCUCCUGCCGUCUUCAACUCCUCCCCUGCGCCAAUCGACCAAGACUGGGUCGACUCUGAACUGAUUCCCUUCCUUCAGCGGGUCUACCCAGAGGAGCGCAGGACUACAAUGGACUGGAACCGCCAGGUCGUUUUCGGAAGGUCGAACCUGCAUCUUCUCGAACACUACGAAGACUUCCCGUUCACAAUUGAACGUCUCCGCCUCUGCCUCCUCAACUCUGAACUUUUGACAGCGGCGGAAAUGUCGAAGUUCAUUCCCGUCACCGAUCAAGGCAGCCAGUACUGUCUCCGUAUCUUCGUCCGCCACGCAAUUGUACACGGGCCGUACAUGCUCUUCUCCUUGGGAGACAACCCGAGUCCGGAGUUCCCUCGAGCAGGACAUACUAGUACUAGGCCGUCCACCGCAUCUCCAGCUGAAGCUGCCCCAGCGCGCGCGACUUCUGUCGCGGUGCUUGAAGCUAGGAAUGCGACGUUGGAGAGGGAACUGGCCAACCUCAAUAUGAGGGUUCAUCAGGCUGAGCGUGGUCGUGGGGGCGGUCGCGGAAACGGUCGUGGAAGAGGUCGGCCUUCGCAGACUCGUGGUGGUUCGGAUCGUGGUGGCCGUUUCAACCAAGGACCCGGUGUGCCUCCAAACAUGCAACAGACGCCAUCUCAGUUCCCUUCAAUUCCACCUUCGGGAAUGUAUGGCUACCCAGCUUAUCAGUACGGAUAUGGUGGUCCUUACGUGGCUGCGCCGCCUAUGGGCGGCUAUCCUAUGCAGCCUUACCAACAGCAGCCAUUCACCAACCCCGGACAGCAACUGGAGCAAGCAGCGGUUUCGCGAUGCCGUCACAGCAAGGUGGCAACCCGUAUCAUCAAGGACAGCCGGCUCAGCGUGGUCGUGGUUCUUCAGGAAGUCAACAAGGACAACAAUCAUCUCAUCAAGGUCUUCCAGCACGUCCUCAGCAACCAUCUUCAGGACCAGGUGCGAGCACUCAUGUGCCUCGCCCUGACGCGGAAGAGUUCUAUCCAGUUUUUCCGGCAAGUGGGCAAGUGA